AGGCUCCGGUGAAAAGAGCGGGAAAGUAGGGCAACAAUGGAGGGGGAGGAAGGUGGAAGCAAUUUACAGAGCCUCCUCCAUGCCAUUAAAGCUUCUGAGUCUAAUCAGAUUCUUGAUGCUCGUAUUCCGCUCGUCAAUCAACUUGAAGAGACAGGCGUAUCUAAUGGGUCUGAGUUAACAAGCAUUGCUGAAUGCCUUUUUACAUUGUGGGAGGAGUCUACAUGUACUGGGACCUCUCAUUGCAAGCUCAACAAAGCCAUUCUACAGGUAGCUGCAAAGUACUUAAAACUGGAAAACAUGCCUGAUUGUCUAUGCCAAUUUCUGAUUCUCGCAACAAAGGCAAGCAUAUGGUGUGGUAAACAUCUCCAUGAAAAUUUUUCUAAUGUGGAAGACUCUCUGGACGAAAGGCAUAGAGAACUUUUCUUUCAGUUGGUUCUGGAUUCAUUAAGCUUCUCCUCUGCCACCUUUUCAGCCUUGACAAGACAUCCCAUGUCCUUCGAAAAUGCCUUUGUGCUUGUCGUUGAGAAUUUCAUUGCUGAACAGCUGAACCUAUUGAAAGUUUCCAUCUCAGAGAUCAAGAGGUUGCAGUCCAUUGCAUCUGAAGUACUGAAGGCUGCACAAGAGAUCCUAGAUACUGCUGUCAAACUAUGUAAGGUCUAUUCUCAAGGCAUCAACUUGGAACCCUGUGAGACUACCAGUAAGGAAGAUGGUGAUCCUAUGGAUUGCAAAACCAUGGAUAACAGGAAUCAUGUCAUUAAUGUGACAUCUUGUACAAUAGAGAACUUUUAUAAAUUGGGAAUUCUUGCGGCUGCUGGUGGAGGCGGCCUGGUCUCUAUUCUUAAUGUAUCUUGGAAAGGAGUUGUCACUCUACUUCAACUGGAAGUUGGUAAAGCUAUUUUAGCUAAUAAAAUAAAUGUUGAAGAUAUUAUUCUCACUCUAGUAUCACUAGCCAGGGAAUCCCUAAAAUGCACAGCUGAAGCUUGGGCUCUCCCAUUCAAAGGCAGCCUGUCUGUAACUGAAGCGAAAAGGUCUUUCCUUCCCAUAAAGUUUUACUUAAUCAAUGCUGUUAGAAUUUGCUCUAGAUAUCCAUGCGAAGCUUCAAAAGUGUUCAAGGAUAUCAUGUUUUGUGUCUUGAGAAUAUCAACUUUGGGCCUUGAACUGAGAAAAGAAACAAAUCUUGGAACAGCAAGUGAUGCAUUGGCCGAGUUCUUGGAGCCCACGUCAUUUCUUCUCAUACAUACCUUAUUAAAUUCUUUAGAAUUGGAAAAUGAAUGUAAGUUACAGAUUCUGGACUCUUUGUUCCCAAUUGAUGUUGCUAAGCAGUCAAUGAAAUCAGAAGGAGACAUAUGUUCUAUUGACAACGAAAAAAUUGCCCCUGAUGAAGCUUUGGCAUCAAAUUGUGAAGAUAUCCCUAGUAUGAGGAACUUGAUACUUGGUCGGGUGUUUGUGCUCGUGAAUCUUCUCAAAAACUCUCCAGACCUUGGAGAAGAAGUGGUUUUCAUGUUGUCCAAGAAGCUAGAUUGGCUUUUGGAUGCCUUCAUUAAUGAAAAUGUAUAUUCGUUUACCCUGCUGACACAAAUUCCCCAGGUAUCUGGUUUGACCACUUCACCUGAAAUAGCUGUGCAGCCUAUGUUUUAUUACAUUCUGAAUUCACUGAAAACCUUCAUGAUUGUGGCUUCUUCUAGUUUAGCAUGGUUGGAGGUGGAGAAGUUUCUACUCUGCAAUGUUGUGCACCCUCACCCUCUCUGUUCAGAGAUUGUCACAGAGCUGUGGUGCUUUCUAGCCCAACAUGCUGAAAGAGAUCUCUUGAAUGAUACUGUUGAUAAACUCAGUUCAUUAAUCUGGACUUUGGCAUCAUCAGGACAAGGCCCUAUUCCUUCUUCAGCUCUAAGAAAGAUGGCGAGAUCAGUUUGUAUAGUUCUUAAUUGUACUCCGCAAUCUGCAAUUGACAGAAUAUAUGGUAGUUUCUUUGGUGAGGAUAAUGCCCGAAAUGGUGCUUCAGUAGCCCUCCACUUGGCCUUGUUGAUGGAAGGUUUUCCACUAGAUUCCUUGUCAGAGAACUUACGGAAGCUCGCUGUUAGGAGAGUCUUGACUGCAUUUUGUGGGUUUAUAGAAAGCAACAGUAAAAAUCUUGUAGAUAGAAGCUCGACAAGUAUCCCUGGCCUUCAUGGAGAACCAGUGUAUGCUUUAUCAUCUUUGUUCAGUCACAACCAGAUUAAAGGCCAUGAGAUUGACAACAAGUACAUCUGGCCAAUUCUAAGGUUCACAAUGACUGUGAUUCAUGGAUUCAAAAGCAUCACAGACACUUCUAAAAAGGAUCAAUACAUCCAAUUUCUUGGUCAAACCUUAGAAAUAAUCUCACAUAUCAAGCAAGCAUAUGCAUGUGAUCAGAUGCAUGAGCUCGUCUCAGAGCUUCUAAGUCUAUUCACUGCAUAUACGACCAUCUCUGAUGGCCAAUUGCACUUGUGUAAACCUGCGCUGGCUGCAUUCUUAGCAGGUUUAAGUCACAUGGAAAUAUCGGAGGGCGAGGAAUGCCCAUCAAGCCGUGCAAUUUGGGAACUCUAUCAUAACAUGCUGAGAGAGAAACACUGGGCGCUGGUCCACUUGGGGCUUGCUGCUUUUGGCAACUUUGCUGCUAGGACUUCUUGUAACCAACUGUGGCGCUUUGUGCCACAUGAUGCAGCUCUCUCAUUUGAGAUUGAGCAGGAGAGAGAACCAAAUGAAGAGAAUUUCAUGUCAGAAUUGAGGAAAUAUCUAGAGAGAGACGGUGCUCUUCUUGCACCGUCUCCAUGCAAAGACCAGCUUGGAUUGCUAGUGAGAGAGGGUGCAGUUCUUCGAGAAGUUAUUGAGAAGUUGGUUUGUGAGCCAAAGCGCAACGGGUUUGGCAAUAAUGGUCAGUUUCAAAAGAAGAGGAAGCUACCUGAGGGGAUUAAUGAGGGAAUCUCCUUGGUUCAGAGAGGGUUGAAGGCAAUGAGUGAUGGCCUUGCGAGGUGGAGGCAGCAAAACGACUGCCAUUCCAGUGAAUCUAGAGAGAUGCAAGAGGAGCUAUCGGUGCAUCUCUCUUGCCUUGAGGAUGUAGUUUCUCACAUGGCUAGUCUCGACGAGAGGGGUUGAAGAGUAGUUUGGUAAGAUUUCAUCUGUGAAACAUUUGUAGUUUUACUAACAAAUAUGAGAUCCGAAUCAAUGGAAAGUAUUUUGAGCUAUGAACAUUGUGGUAUUGGAGCUUUAGAGAGUGGGAGGAUAUGACAUGCUCUUUGUACAAAUAAGGAUAACAGCCAUUGCAGUGUCAGCCUGGAAUUGGACGGGCAGUCUAUAUUACAGCUAUUUUGAUUUGAUGGUGGAUCAUAUGUGGUAUGUGUGCAUCAGGAAAAUAUGGAUGGUCCAUUUCAGGUUUUAUUAUCAAGUUUUGGCACUAUCACUAGGGAUGAAGCAAAGUUUAAACUUUAAACAACAAAGAUGCACUUAAUUUGCUGCCACACCAAAAUGUGUUCUCUAUUGCUCUCUUGUUCUAGUUGAAUCACUAGAAUAUCAUGGGAUCGUUGAACAUUUUCUUGAGGGACAGAUUUGUGUCACUUACAACUUUGGGUUGUAUUUAUCUCCCAGGUUUUAUUGUUUGUGCCUUGUGUCUCAAUGCUCCACCACUCAAACCAAAAAAGCUUCGAGGUCCCCCUUGACUUACUACUUUGGCGAAGGAAAAGUGCGAUAUAAUCACGAGGACUAUUGGAAAACAAUGGUCCAUAAAACGUCCUCUGAGAUGAAGGCAAUGGAGCACUUUGUGAGGACAAACUUGACCAGAAUGACAGGCCUCACCAUGUCUUCAUAACCAUCCAUUUUCUCAGUGGACAGUGAUGCGCUGACUGGUUAUGCUUUAUCCACAUUCUCAGUAUUAAUUUUCUUUCUCAUUAACAAUUUCUCCACGAGGCUUUUUACAAACUUACAAACUAAUGUGGCUAAUUUUGUGCCCCUGCAGCCUAAUGCAUAUGGUGGGCAUUUGGUGACUAUGUUAUGGUGACACUAUUUUGCAGUAACCUACUCCAUAUGCAUUUUAAAACGUUAAUUGCAUGGGGACCAUGUUGGCAUGGAGGCACUCCCUUGAUAUGCCACAUUUUUUCAGAAGGCUUCAAAAAAUACUAAGUGUUUAGGCAGUUUAAUCCCCAUAUGGAGGGCUUGGUAUUUUUCUUCAUGAUGUACAUGUAAUUUCGAUUGGGGAUUUUAUGGUUUU